AUGACGGCGAUACGACCAACCGUGGCCAUCCGCGCCGCCCGCGCCAUCAAGACCACUGCCGCCGGAGCGUCCACGAGGGCCUUCUCUCUGACAGCCCGCCGCGCUGGUGGUGGUUCCGACUUUGAUCCUCCUUCCGGCUGGCUCUGGGGUGUCAAGCCUGGCGAGAAGUACGAGAAGGAGGGUUGGGAGACGCCUUUCUACACCCUGUUCUGUGGAGGCAUCAUCGCCACUGGCGUUGUUCUUGCCUUCAAGCCUGAUACUUCACUCGAUACCUGGGCCCUCGAGGAGGCCAGGCGGAGAUUAGAAAAGGAGGGCAUCCUGCCGGACCCUGAGAAGUGA